AUGAUGAUGACGUGCCGUUUGCUGUGCGCCCUGUUGGUGCUUGCCCUGUGCUGCUGCCCGUCCGUGUGCGCGUCAGAGACUGAGGAGAUCCCUGUUGAUCUUGAAGCUGAAGAUGAAGUUGAUGGAAGAGUCACCGGUCCAGAGCCCGCUGCACCAGGAGUACCAUUGAAUCAGAAUCAAGUUCAGGCUGAAUCUCCUGAAGCCGCCCCCAGUCUACCGCCCCCUCCAACAGAGCCAACAACCCCGGCGGCUAAUGCUAUUGUAAGCGCCACCAGUCAAUCGACCCCGGCAUCAGAUACCAAUCCGACCCAAGAUGUAACGAUGACGACCGCGACGAGGAGUAAGACACAGACCCAAGGCAACAAGACAAACUUUGGAGUUGAACCUAAUGGAACCUCCACCAGUGUACCGUCCCCUCCAUCAGUGGCACCACCACAGGGUACCGGUCAGCCAGGGUCGUCAAGUAAUGGGGCCGCUGCGGAGCACGAAAAUACUGCCGGAAAUAGAGGAGUUUUGCCCAGUUCGCAUCCGCAAUCAAGUGGUGCGCAUAAUACGGUACAAAGAGAAGGUACGGAAGACACGUCAGGGACAAAAAGCCGCACUCGUACAUCCACAGAACAUGCAAAUAAGAAUGUCGACGAUCCUGCCGAGACGACGACGACGACCACAACAAAACCACCAACCACGACCACCACCACUGCGCCAGAGGCACCAACCACUACGACGACAGAGGCGCCAACCACGACGACGACCACCCGCGCACCGUCACGUCUUCGAGAAAUGGACGGCAGCCCCAGCAGCUCUGCGUGGGUGUGUGCCCCGCUGGUGCUCGCCGCAUCCGCGCUGGCGUACACCACUCUGGGCUGA